AUGAAUGAUUUGAUAGCAUUCCUCGUGGACACCGCUUCUGGUGUGUUUCUGUGGGUGAGGCUUGUUGUCCACGAGCUUCUCCGAGCAGCAAGGGACGGAGCCACUUUCUCUGAAUUGGUCGACAAGGCUCAUCAACUGCCGCGUGAUCUUGACAGCUAUUUCACACGGUUUAUCGACUCGAUCCCGCCAGAGUACAGGAAAGAAGCGUCUCAAUUGUUUCAGAUCGCACUUCAUGAUGAAAACUCAUUUACAGCCCUACAUGGGCUCCGGCUACUCGACCUUUCCUACUUGGGAAGUUUUCAAGAGCCCUUCCAAUCCCGUGGAAAGCACAAGGCCACCGCUUUCGAUCCAAUCAACAUCGCCGAAUUGGAGUCCAGGCUCGAAACGACCGCUCGCCGGAUUAAUAGCAGGUGCCGGGGGCUCAUAGAAUGCUACUACAUGCCUGGAGAUGCAGAGCAUUUUGUUGGUUUUCCAGAAAUAUCAGUACCUGGCGAGAUGGGCCACGAUGCGCUGGAAACAUUGCCCAGCGAAGACCAAAGUUUCUUGGGGCUUUUGAUAGCAUGCAACCGCCACGUCGGCUUUAUCCAUCGUUCCCUUCGGGACUUUCUUGUCAGCCCAGACGUGCUUCAGAAACUCGAGGCAUACUCCGGAGGCCCUUUCAACACCAGGUUGUUCCUGUGCAAAGCUAGACUCGCACAGAUACAGUCACUCGAACACGAAGGCAACCAUCGACGCACCCAGUUGGCUCUGGGCCUGUCGAGUUACGUGUUGAGCGCCCUCGGGACCGAAAAUUUGAAGUAUUCAGACGAGUGCGCCCUCAUUGCGGCGCAACUGAAACCCGUUGUUGAGUCACUCGGACGUGCCCAGGCACACAAGGCGGCCAGCCAGGGGUGGUAUCUUUCCGCGAGCUUCCACGAGCGCAGACCAGAGGUUCCUGACUUUCUUGGUGUCGCCAUAGACUUUGACCUCGUUGCCUACCUCAGGAAAGAGUUGACGGCAGAAGCCUUACAUGCCAAGCGUGGCCUCUCCGUCCUGAACUGCAUCCUCGUCGGGCGUUUUUCCGACUACCUGGGCUCUGAUAUCACGGUUGGAAAUCGCAUUCCCAACAUCGAAGUGCUUCGCCUUGCAUUGGACCUUGGCGCAGAUCCGAACGAGGAUUGUGAUGGUAUUUCGGUGUGGGCAGAAUUCAUUUUACACCUUGACACCUUGGCUACCAGAGGGGCACCGCCAGCCGGCGCACAAAAGGCGCAUGUCGAAGCUAUCAGGGCCCUCCUGGAACAUGGCGCUGACCCGGAGCUCCCAUCAUCAUGGCUCACACCUGGACCGUUGAUCCCAAGAUGGGACACAGAUCUCAUACCGGUCUUGGCUAUAUUGAGAAGCAUGCUGGGUUUAUACACUCAUGCACGGCUGCAGCUGCAGGAGUGCAUCGACCUUGCUGAUGACAAACUCUUGCAAGCCCUGCUUCAACGGUGA